GUUAUUUACACGUAAUCAAUCAAAAUUACAAACAGAACACAUAAUAAGAAACCCCUCUUGUCACUGUGUCAUCACGGAAUUCUUUUCAUGUACAAUGUACCGUAACUUAAAACUAUUUAGUAUUUACUUACUUGGUAAUCUUAAAAGAAAGAAUAGCGAUGAGUGUUAACCAAUGAGGACGAAGAAUAAAUAGCCUCCACGAUUUCGUAGUUACCGGAGCAAAAGUGUAUAUUUUAUUUAUUUUAUUUUGUACAUUAAAUAACAUUUACAUGAGUAUACAGUAUUACAUGUUUACGUAAAUGGAAAUGUAUUUUAUAUUUUUAAUAAUUAAUUGUUAAUAAGAAAACAAUGUAUUUUAAUUAUCUGUAAUUAAUUUACGAUGAUUUCUAUUUCAUCAGUAUCAAUUCCACUUAUAAUAUAAAGUAAUUUUGUGAAAUCAACGAUCGUCUUUUUUUGUGGUUUUCAUCAUCAAAUGAUAUCAUCAAAUUAUCAGUGAUAUGGCUGUCAAACCGUUAUUACAUUUAGGUGAUGCAUGUAAAUGCAUUUUCACGACAGUGCAACUUAAACCUAAGUUGCAUGCAACAACAAUUUAUAAACAAAUUAGACAUUUUAGACGAUUUAGAGACAAAGAGGAAGGAUUAGAAAUAUCUUUAUUAAAUAAACAUGUCAAAAAGAACAAUGUCCCUCUUUCAAAAAUGUGGAAACCCUUUGUCUUUACAAUUAUGUUUAGUGGAACAACGUUCAUUGCUGCUACUAUUUGGAACCAUGAGAAUCAAAGAAAAACCUACAGUAUACAGGAAUAUUAUACACAACUCAGACAGCAAAAAACAAGAUGGAGGCGUGAUAUGGAAGAUUGGUGGAAAGACUUAACAGAAGGCGAGAGAAUAUUUGCUCCUAUAUGUUUUUUAAACGGCAUAGUAUUUCUUGCAUGGCGCAUCCCAAAAUUUCAGAAAACAAUGAUGCAAUAUUUUUCUUCCAAUCCUACAUCUGGUGCAAUAUGUUGGUCGAUGUUGCUGUCUUCAUUUUCCCAUCACUCUUUUUUGCAUUUAGCUGUUAAUAUGUAUGUAUUACAUAGCUUUAUUUCUUUGGCUGUAUCAUCAUUGGGUAAAGAACAGUUUACAGCACUUUAUUUAACUAGUGCAGUUGUGUCCAGUUUUAUGAGUAACUUGUGCAAAACAGCAUUUGGUGUAUGUAGUCCUUCCUUGGGAGCUUCUGGAGCAAUAAUGGGUAUUCUUGGAUUUACAUGUACAGAGUUUCCAAAUAUUUAUAUCUCUAUUAUAUUUCUUCCAAUGUACACAUUUGCAGCUGGCACGGCAAUUAAAUUUUUAAUGGGAGUGGAUCUCUUGGGAAUUCUGUGUCGUUGGCAAAUUUUCGACCAUGCAGCUCAUUUGGGUGGAGUGUUAUUUGGCAUAUUCUGGCAAGCAUGGGGUUAUGAAAAUAUAUGGCAAAAACGUGAGCCAAUAUUUAAAAUUUGGCAUGAGAUUCGUGAUUCAUUUAAGUCACGUUGAUAUCUUUUUGUAAAAAAAAUAUAUAUAUAUAUAUAUAUAUAUAGUGUGUUAUUAAGAAGAACUGCACAGAGGGAAAAAAUAAAAUUGGAGAAAUAAUGUUUUUAUAUCUAAAUUUUCUUAUACUAUUGUGAAAGAUAAAUUAGGAAAUCUUGCAUCCUUAUUACCACACUUUUUUUUUGUAAUUAUGUAAAAAUACAGUAAUAAAAAAUUACACGCGCAUGGUUAAUAAAAUUAAGCUUUAAGAAACUUUA